CCGCGAGCUCGACAUUCGCGAGCGGUCCGCCGCACAGCUCCGGCGCCCGUCGCCUCCCGCCCCAGCUUUCCUGAGGCGGCCGUACAAUCCUCGGCAGUGUCCUGAGACUGUAUGGUCAUCUCAGCCUCCGCGUCCGCUCGGCCCCAGACUCUGCGAACUCCCGUCGUUUGAGCCGCUUCUUCUUUUUUGAAAACCCAGAAGAGUGACUCCCGACUCCUUUUCCAAGGAAAAAGGAACCUCGGCCCCCUUCUCGCUGCCCUUUUUUUGCGUGUGACAGCCUCCUCCCACUCCUUUCCCCGACCCCGCCUCCGCGUGCAGGUUCCUCCCCGUCACCUUUCUCCACCCCCCUCCCCCGCACCUAGCCAGCCGCCCGCAAACUUCAACCUGACUGUGCGGGUGCUCGGGACCUUUAACACAGGCGCGGGCCUCCAGGAGUGGGCUAGGGCCACAGCGAAGGUAGCGGCGGCAGCCCCCACCGGCCCUGGAGCUCAGGUGUUCGGCGUCUCAAAGGGCCCCCGCGACAAUGACAGCUGACAAGGAGAAGAAAAGGAGCAGCUCGGAGAGGAGGAAGGAGAAGUCCCGAGAUGCUGCCAGGUGCCGGCGGAGCAAGGAGACGGAGGUCUUCUACGAGCUGGCCCACGAGCUGCCCCUGCCUCACAGCGUGAGCUCCCACCUGGACAAGGCCUCCAUCAUGCGGCUGGCCAUCAGCUUCCUGCGUACACACAAGCUCCUGUCCUCAGUUUGCUCUGAAAAUGAGCCUGAAGCUGAGGCUGACCAGCAGAUGGACAACUUGUACCUGAAAGCCUUGGAGGGCUUCAUUGCCGUCGUGACCCAAGAUGGCGACAUGAUCUUUCUGUCGGAAAACAUCAGCAAGUUCAUGGGACUCACACAGGUGGAGCUAACAGGACACAGUAUCUUUGACUUCACUCAUCCCUGUGACCAUGAGGAGAUCCGUGAGAACCUGAGUCUCAAAAAUGGCUCUGGUUUUGGGAAGAAAAGCAAAGACAUGUCCACAGAGCGGGACUUCUUCAUGAGGAUGAAGUGCACAGUCACCAACAGAGGCCGCACCGUCAACCUCAAGUCGGCCACCUGGAAGGUCCUGCACUGCACGGGCCAGGUGAAGGUCUACAACAACUGCCCCCCUCACAGCAGUCUCUGCGGCUGCAAGGAGCCGCUGCUGUCCUGCCUCAUCAUCAUGUGUGAGCCCAUCCAGCACCCGUCCCACAUGGACAUCCCCCUGGACAGCAAGACCUUCCUGAGCCGCCACAGCAUGGACAUGAAGUUCACCUACUGUGACGACAGAAUCACAGAACUGGUUGGUUACCACCCUGAAGAGCUGCUUGGCCGCUCAGCCUACGAGUUCUACCAUGCACUGGACUCAGAGAACAUGACCAAAAGUCACCAGAACUUGUGCACCAAGGGUCAGGUGGUGAGUGGCCAGUACCGGAUGCUUGCGAAGCAUGGGGGCUACGUGUGGCUGGAGACGCAGGGGACGGUCAUCUACAACCCUCGCAACCUGCAGCCCCAGUGCAUCAUGUGUGUGAACUACGUCCUGAGUGAGAUUGAGAAGAACGACGUGGUGUUCUCCAUGGACCAGACGGAGUCCCCGUUCAAGCCGCACCUGAUGACCAUGAACAGCAUCUUUGACAACAGUGGCAAGGUGGCUGUGUCUGAGAAGAGCAACUUCCUGUUCACCAAGCUGAAGGAGGAGCCCGAGGAGCUGGCCCAACUCGCACCCACGGCAGGAGAUGCCAUCAUUUCUCUGGAUUUCGGGAGCCAGAACUUUGAGGAGUCCUCAGCCUAUGGCAAGGCCAUCCUGCCCCCAGGCCAGCAGUGGGCCGGAGAGCCGAGGAGCCACGGCGCCCACACUGAGGCCGGGAGCCUGCCCGCCUUCACCGUGCCCCAGGCAGCCGCCCCGGGGAGCACCACCCCCAGUGCCGCCAGCAGCAGCAGAAGCAGCAGCUGCUCCACGCCCAGCAGCCCUGGAGACUAUUACACAUCUCUGGAUGAUGAUCUGAAGAUUGAAGCAAUCGAAAAGCUCUUUGCCAUGGAUACAGAGGCGAAAGACCCGUGCAGCACCCAGGCGGACUUCAAUGAGCUGGACCUGGAGACCCUGGCGCCCUACAUCCCCAUGGACGGGGAGGACUUCCAGCUCAGUCCCAUCUGCCCUGAGGAGAGCCUCGUGCCGGAGACACCCCAGUCCACCCCCCAGCACUCCUUCAGUACCAUGUCGAACAUCUUCCAGCCACUGGCCCCGAUGGCCUCUCACAGCCCCUUCCUCCUGGACAAGUAUCAGCUGGAAAGCAAGAAGAUAGAGCCCGAGCAGCGGCCUGUGUCCUUCAUCUUCUUUGACGGCGGGAGCAAGGUGUCCCUGCCACAGUGCUGUGGCCAGACCUGCACCCCUCUCUCCUCCAUGGGGGGCAGAUCCAACACACAGUGGCCCCCUGAUCCGCCAUUACACUUGGGGCCCACGAAGUGGCCCGGUGAAGAUCAGCACGUGGAGUCCUUAGGGGCCUCGCCAUUGGGGCCCCCCAUCACUGCACCCCAUCUCUCCAUGUUCAAGAAGAGGUCUGCAAAGGGCUUCGGGCCUCAGGGCCCAGACGUGAUGAGCCCGGCCAUGGUCGCCCUCUCCAACAAGCUGAAGCUGAAGCGACAGCUGGAGUACGAGGAGCAAGCCUUCCAAGACAUGAGUGGGGGGGACCCGCCAGGCAGCAGCGCUUCACAGUUGAUGUGGAAAAGGAUGAAGAGUCUCAGGGGCAGUGGGAGCUGCCCUCUGCUGCCGGACAAGCUGCCGAGCGCAACCGUCCCCAGUGAUGAGUUCAUCCGAAAUCCCAUGAGGGGCGGGAGCCAGCCCCUGAGACACUUAACACCGCCACAGCUGCCAUCUGCCGUGAGCCCCGGGGAGCCCGCCAAGAGUGGGUUCCUCCCGCUCUGUUACACCCCCCAGUAUCAGGACUACAGCCUACCAGCGGCUCACAAGGUGUCAGGCAUGACAAGCCGGCUGCUCGGACCCUCGUUUGAGCCCUACCUGCUGCCGGAAUUGACCAGAUAUGACUGUGAGGUGAACGUUCCUGUCCCAGGAAGCUCCACGCUCCUCCAAGGAGGGGACCUCCUCAGAGCCCUGGACCAGGCCACCUGAGCCAGGGCCACCCACUGACAGGCACCCCUUCCCAUGCCGUCCCACCAGCUUCACGGUCUCCGUCUGUUUUUUUGCAACUAGAUAUUUCUAACACCAACACACUUUUUACAAGAUAUACUUACCUGGGCAAACUUGCCCAGGUCACCAAGUAGUGGCCUUUUUCUGAAGAUGCUCACUUUAUUAUUCAUAUUUUUUUUUUUUUUUUUUUUUUUUUUUUUAAUAUUUUUUUUAUGCAUUUGAAGACAUGUUGGAAUAGGCAAUUUAUUUUAUUUUAUUUUUGGCUGUGUUGGGUCUUUGUUUCCAUGCGAGGGCUUUCUCCAGUUGCGGCGAGCGGGGGCCACUCUUCAUCGCGGUGCGCGGGCCUCUCAUUAUCGCGGCCUCUCUUGUUGCGGAGCACAGGCUCCAGACGCGCAGGCUCAGUAAUUGUGGCUCACGGGCCCAGUUGCUCCGCGGCAUGUGGGAUCUUCCCAGACCAGGGCUCGAACCCGCGUCCCCUGCAUUGGCAGGCAGACUCUCAACCACUGCGCCACCAGGGAAGCCCUAUUAUUCAUAUUUUUGAAAUACAAUUGUUUUACCUGCUAUGUUUUGCUCUGUCAAUGGAAAUGUUCUUAAAUUUUAUAAGAUUGUUCUUUCCCCAACUUCAAUUACUUCUAAUUUAUAUUAUUCACGGGUCUCUCUCUCUCUCUCACACACACACACACACAUACAAACAAUAUUCAUACUAACAAGUUUGGUGUAUGUUUGUUUGUUCUCCUUUAGGGAAAGCUUUGGCUUCAUUUAACUAAAAGGAUUUUGUUGUUGUUGCCAAAGAGAAACAAAAUAAUUUUGCUUUCUAAGCUUGAUUUGUGGCCUCUAUCUCUCAGCCCUCCUCCUUUCUUUUGUAAAACUAAUCACUGUAUUGUAAAUUUCAGUCGUCUUUUUUUUUUUUUUUUAAGCCAACUCUUUGCUCUAAUUUUGAUACAACUUUUUGGGGAAAAAAAAAAAAAAGAAAUGUGAAGGGUGAACUCCAUUGUAUGUGGUUAUCUGUGAAAGUUGCACAGUAUGGCUUUUCCUAAACUGGUGUUUUUCCCCUGCAUUUGGUGGAGUUUUUUAAAUUAUUAUUCAAAAACAUAACUGAGUUUUUUAAAAAGAAAAUUUAUAUCUGGGUUAAGUGUUUAUCAUAUAUAUGGGUACUUUAUAAUAUCUAAAAACUUAGAAACGGAAAUGGAAUCCUGCUCACAAAAUCACUUUAAGAUCUUUUUUAAGCUGUUAAUCUUCUUUUUCCUGGUGUUGCUGACACUGCAGAAUUGUACAGAACUCCACGGGCCUGUACUAACCCUGCUCAAGGUCUCCCUCUCUGUUGCCUUUUUGCUUUCGGGACAUGCCAUAGGCGUGACACACAGUCCAGAAAGUGGAAUCAUUAUGUGGGAGCAUUGCAAGCUGUCUUCGCCUCAUUUUCUGUAUGUAUUAUGUAUGUAUGUAUUAUUAUUAUUACUGCCAAGAGGGUCUGACGGCACGUCAGGGGUGGGGGGCAGGGACAAAUCUAAGGGAGGGGAAGCGCUUUAAACUCUUCUUCAGGUUUCAUUGCCAGCCCUUCAAGUGCACUGAGCUACGUGACUCUAAUGGUCUUUCAUGGGGCACAUUUGGAUAUUUCCAGAACUACCAUGAGAUGGUUUAGAUGGGAAUUCAUGAAAGAAAGUGAGGAUUUGGAAAUGGUAGAGGGACCCAGUCCACAUCCUCCCAGCUCACCACCUUGGAGCCCAUGGAGCUGGACUGAGGGAAUGCACAAAGGGGGCUCCUGGUCCUGACCAGCCGCUUCCUCAUGCCCCUUCCUCAGCCACGCCAUCAGAUCGCCCUACACGGCCGCGGUGCAGCAGGCAGACCUCCGGGGACAGCCCCUGGCCCUGCUUGAGGUCUGUCUGUCCCCAGAAGUGACGUGUAUAGGCAGGAAGCACUGAAAACCGUGUUCUCAGAGCGUCUUGUAACUCACCAGGUAAGAGGGACGAUGCCAUUUGUGUUCGAAAUAGCAAUCACGUGAAACUGUUCCGUCAUGGGUACAAUGAAGAAGUUUCUAGAAACACACAAAGCAAAACACUGCAAGCCAAGAAUUUGGUAAGGCUGGAUGGACUUACUGCCCAAAACAAAAUAAAAUUUAAAUUUCAAAAGAAAAAUUACCUAGGCACUGUGUUGCCAAAAAUGAUACUUUAGCACCACAGGCCUGCCUCACGUACGGCAGGCGGCAGAACUUGAAGGGUUACUGACAUGUAAGCGCUGGUGUUUGUUUGAUUUUCUCUGUGUGUUUGCCUCAGCAUGAAGGGCAUUUUACCCUUGCAGUUUUACUAAAACACUCUGAAAAAUAUUCCAAACUUCAUAUUAACUUUAUCUAUCAACAUAAUGAUUUCGUGAACAUUAUUAUAAAUGUCAAAUUCCUACUGACAACAUUAUUACUAUACGGGAGCUUAACUUUAUAAGGAAAUGUAUUUUGACACUGCUAUCUUAUUAAAGUAUUCUGAUCCUACCACUGCUGGUGGCUCUUGUUUCCUGUGGGUUUAUCACGGGCUACACUGAUGUAAAGUGAGGUGUUUAUUAAACAGUUUACCAAAAACGAA